AGAAACGCAUUCCUUUCCUACUGUGGAUGUUUGCGAAUGAAUGGCAAGAGGUCUCGGAGGAGAUGGGAAAGUAGCCACCGUACGUCAAUAAACAUUUCCUAUAUGAACGUUUUUGCGUCACUCUUAAUGAAGCUCCCAAAGGAGGCUAUGGAGGUCAUGGAAACGUCUUCUUGGAAAUGAUAUAACAAGCUGGUACAAUAUGUAGCUUCAUAGGUAUACCACAAACCUAAAAUUAUUUCCGAACUGUUCCAUGACGUAACAAUCAUGUGGAACUGACACGUUGGUGUCACAGAUAACAUCGCACGUCUUCAAAACAUUUUCACAAAUCGACAGGUUCAUAACAUUAAUGCUACUUAAUCGAAAAUGGCAUAGUGAUAUGAAGCUAGACUAAGUCAUUUGCAAUCGGAGUACGAUAUAACGUAUUUUACAGGUACACAAUGAAAUCGAUUAAGCUUAUCGAAAUGCAAUUAUGAUCUGCCUUAUUCGUACAUAAAAUGCAACGGGACACGAUCUGGCGGCAGUUCACAUCAAGAGGCGAAAUACGAUUAACUAAAAGAAGUCAAAGAAGAAGAGAAAAUUGUUGACUUUUACAUACAUGAAGCAUUUUUAAUCCUGAUUCCGUUGAAUUUUGUACAUUGAUCCUUUAUCCGAUUUGUCACAGAACAGUACCUUAGACUAUGAUGCAUUGGAUACUUACGAACUAGAAUUUUAUGAUGAGAAUAGCUACAUCAUUUUUCAGAUAUUUUAUGGGUCAAAACGUGCAUUCAUUAUACCCAUAGCAUGACAGACAUCGUAGUGUUCUUAGUUGUUCUGAUUGCGGUCAAUCCUCUGAACGCCCUCCAAGUCCCAUUCACGUGUUUGGAUCUCUCCAGGGAGCUCCAGCAAUGUGUCGACUUGAUUGCGAUCGAGGAGCUCCUCGAAAUAUCGAAAGCCUACCUGGCCCAGGACGAACAUUUCCAAACAGUCAUGAAGUUGAUGAACAGCAACGAGUCGAAACAGUGGGUACAAGACGUGGAACAGGCGCCUGAAUUCAAGGUGCUGCUGAACUAUACGCAGGGCAAUGGUUUUGAUGUAAACUCGGUGGUGAACAAUUUCAACAAAGCCCUUAGUAUCCGACCUCUGACCUCUAGAAUAACAGCUUACUUGACUCCUUAUAAGGUCACCGGUGGAAUCAAUGGCUAUAUGGAGGAUACCGCUUCCCUUAUUUCGAUGGAUGACCUGACGCGUCUCUACGAAGACAAAAUUGAGCACGCCAAGGUGUUUAGAGACUUCGUGCAUGAAGUGGUCUUGAACAAGUACUUAACAUUCUACAUGUCCAUUUUCUCGAACAAGAACUUCCUGCAAGUGGGACAACAGGUCGUAAACGCUGGUUUCAACAUAGAAAUUUUCCAAGCCUUGUCACCAUUUUUACUUAUAAUUUCCAUUGCAGUUUAAAGUUUUACAUGUUAAAAAUGCAUGUAGAUUUGAUAUUUCAAUGGUAUUUAUCGCAGCUUCCCGAUAUAAGGAAUAAAAUAUAUUAUGAUGAAUUAAAAUAUCAUCUUCUUCAUGUUACGUCCCUUUUAUCUUUGCACUACAUAAACAGUCCGAUUUUUAUAGAAGAAAAUACUUUGUUAGGAAGUUAUUAGAAAAUCUGCGAUAAUCUGCAUUUACUCCAAAAUUGUAAAAUUUCAAAAAAGAUAAUAUUUUUAGAGAAUAAUUUUAGGAAUAUGUUUAUAUGUUUUGGGAUAAUUUUAGGAAAGUGUGAAACAUUAUCAUCAAAAUCUUGCAAAUAAUAUAGUAUAGGAUUGCAUAUGCAAUUGCAGGUAUGAACACUUUAUCCGUAAUUGUAGAUACGUGAAAAAAUAGCACAAAAUGACAAGACAGCACGUGUAUUGCAGUGUAAGCAAGCAUUUGUCUUAUCUAUUACGAAGCACCAACUAGAGUGUCGAUAACGAGAUAUUAUCAAACAGAAGGAGCCCUUUUAACGACUAUUCGCUAUCUUUCAGUUGUCAAAUUAUGCGUAUCUACUGCCCCCUCUCAUUCGAUCAUACUUUUUUAUCAUGGUAAAAUACAGAGUACGUACCUUAUCCACUUAUAAUUGACCAAGUUCACAUUUAAAUGACGUAAUCCUAUAAAUAAUAUUUGAACGUUCUUUUGAAAAUUCUGUUCUUGUCGCAAUUGUGCAUAUAUGCGGUAAUAUUUUGCAAAUUAUAAGCUAAAUUCUACGUUACUAAAACCAAAUGUGUAAAAAUAAAAAAUCUGA